UAGGUGAGGCUAAUAAUAACAAUGGCUGAAGUCAUGCAUGAGAAAAAAGCUGCAUUUAGUUGGGUUUGUGUGUUCAUUUAUCUUUUAUACUAGCACCAAACAGUGGGCGAAAUUUGCCGGCGAAUUGACAGGACAUUGCGACAUAUUGUUUGGGGAUGAUACCAUCCAACCCGGAUUAAAACAAAUCUGGGUGGUGAAGCAGACUUUUUGCUUAGCAAUAGUUUUUUAAUUGGGACAUAAUUGAUAGGACAGCGACCAACUGAAGUUCAUUCAGAAUCGGGCAAUAGGUUCUGAAAAUGGGCAAGGGGUGUAGUCGAUGGAUAGCCCAUGGAAUAUGGAUUCUUUUGAUCUUCGUAAUACAAGGAAUAGUACCAACUAAUGGGACUAUAUAUGAGGAUCCCGUCUUAUAUAGUACCAGUGGCAGUUUAAAUAUCUCUUAUACACUGCCAGCCUCUGGUGAUGUAGUGAGUGCAAUGAUUGAGAUCUGGAAUACUGAUACUGGGAUCCUUCUCAAUGGCAACCCGAUACUCGCUGGACUGGGUGUCACCACUGUCUAUGAACAUGUGGAAUCCUCUACUAACUACACAGUGACAGUACAAGGUGUCAACUCAACUGGUGGGCUUCUUCUGAAUCAAGUUCAGGAUUCUGUGGUCACAGAGAAUGGUACUAUAUGGCGGACAGCAUAUAACAAAACAAGUUUAUCACUCUCCUGGCCUGUAAGGAGCCAGAGCUUUGGGAGCGCAAAUGUUACAUUCCAUCCUAAAAACAGUUCUGAUGAAUCCAGUGUUGUCCAGUUAAGUUCCUUUGAUGAAGUGUCAACAGUGCUUGAAGACUUAAAACCGGGAACACUUUAUGUAUUGUAUUUGUCGUAUGCAAAUGAAGAUGGAUUUUAUGGAGUCCCGUCACAGUAUGCAACUUUACCCGAGGCCCCUUCAGUCGAAUACUCUCCCAACAAUGUAGGCAGUGUGAAUGUCAAGGUUGUCCCAGGAAAUGGUUACACCAACGAGUACUUGAUAAAGACAAGCUCUGGUCUACAAGUAUCAUUAGCUCAGCCAGAUGAUGGACUCUCAGUUAUUGUAGAUAACUUGAAGUUUAAUGAGUCGUACAAUAUCUCUGUGGAAGCGUACAGUAAUGGACUCGCAAGUUCAGCAUUUACAGAUGUGUUUGUUGGAAGUGUUGUCAUUGAUGAUACUGACACCUUUAUCGACGGUGAUAAUGAAGUCAAGGAAAACUCACCGACUGAUGUUACAUUUGACCUUACGGUUGCUACGGAUUCAACAAGCACUGCUCUAAGUGGUACAGACCUGUGGCAGAUAAACGUGUUUAUAGGUACAAACAGCAUUGGUCAAGGGCCACGAUACGGAGAGACCUUAGCUGACCUCACAACAGAGCAGAAAAAUGCUGCCAUUACAGCCGGCUCACCUUUAGAAUUCACGGGAGUUACAGCCACUUUAGACCUGAAUGGUCUGAAGUGUUUUGACGAUCCCUUCCUUUACUAUUACCUUUGUGUGGAGUUCAUGCGUGAUCCAGCUAGUGACCCAUCGUUUAGUAUCACGACAGUUCGAGACCCUUUAAAACCGUUGUGUCAAGUUGCCAAUUGCUUAGGUGUGCAAAUUGUAGAUGCAUCAGUUUCCAUGGUUGUCAGUGGAGAUCCCGUAAUAGCGGGUUUGGAUAAUACAAUAGUGUUCUCUCUUACAAUAACUUCAAGCGAGUUUGCCGCCAGUAUAACCGGAGAUAACCUUUGGGCCGUAAAGGCAGGUCUGAAAGAUACUAAUGGGAAUGAUUUAACCCCAAAUGAGGAUGUGAUUAUAAACGCUGAUGACAACAGUACACAAUUAACUGCAGGAAGAAAUCUGACUUUGUCCAACCUGACUGUUAAUAUAGACUUGACCAACAACGUUUGCGCACAACAAAUACAACUGUGUGUUGAUAUUGAGGAGGGGUCAGGUGCCAAUCCUGAGUUCACUCUGGAGAAAGGAUCUGGAAUAUUUCCAUCUUGUGUUAAUGUUGACUGUUUGGGUAUUGUCAUUGAUGUUGCUGACACCUUUGUUGAUGGUGAUAAUGAAAUCAAGGAACACUCACGAACUGAUGUUACAUUCGACCUUACGGUUGGCACAGAUGCAGCAACUACUGCUCUGAGCGGAACAGACCUGUGGCAGAUAAACGUGUUUGUAAGUGCAAACAGCACAGGCGCAGGGCCACGAUACGGAGAGACCUUAGCUGACCUCACAACAGAGCAGAAAAAUGCUGCUAUUACAGUCGGCUCACCUCUAGAAAUCACAGGAGUUACAGCCACUUUGGACCUGGAUGAUCUGAAGUGCUUUGAAGACCCAAGAAUGUUCUACUACCUUUGUGUGGAGUUCAUGCGUGAUCCAGCCAGUGUACCAUCCUUUAGUAUCAUAUCAGCUCAAGGCAGUUUAGAACCAUUGUGUCAAGUUACCAAUUGCUUAGGUGUAAAAAUUGUAGGAGCAUCAGUAUUCAUGGUUACCCGUGGAGAUCCUGUGAAGGAGCGGAGUGACAAUACUAUAGUUUUCUCUUUAAAUAUCACUUCAAGCCAGUUUGAGGCCAGUAUAUCAGGAGAUAACCUUUGGGCCAUAACUGCAGACCUGAAAAACACGAAUGGGAAUGAUUUAACACCAAAUGAGGAUGUUAUAAUAAGCACAGGUGACACCAGUACAGAAUUAACUGCAGGAACAACUCUGACUUUGUCGAACCUGACUGUUAACAUAGACUUGACUAACUACGUUUGCACAGAAGAAAUACAAUUAUGUGUUGAUAUUGAGGAGGGGUCAAGUGCCAGUCCUGCGUUCACGCUGAAUAAACCAUCUGGGGUAUUUCCAUCAUGUGUUGACGUUUCUUGUUUGGUGACAACUACACCUGAAGGCUUAAAUAUGGCUAGCGGAUCAGAUCCAAAAACCAGCAUAGACGUAUUCUGGUUGCCGCCAAUUACAGACAAUUUUGAAGGCUACCAAUUAACCUACGAACCGGCAGAUGGUGACAAUCCCUCCCCAAUGAUGUACGAUAAAGGUACCAGACUUGCAGCUCUAUCUGGACUUACUCCCUCAAUGACAUACAAUGUUACGAUUCGAACUACUUUUAAUAAUACCUUUGGAAGGGAAAUUUCUGCAGAGUUUACAACAGCUCCUUUACCACCUGAAGAUGUUGUUGUGACAAAGGGUAUAGACAGCUUGACGUUUACUUGGGCAGCACCAAAGAUUGGAUUUUUCAGCAGCUUUGAAAUUCAAUAUUUGUAUUUUGUAUCUAUUUCUCGAAGCGAGAUUUAUCAUUUAACGUUUAAUGAAGAUGUACAGACAGCAACAGUCAAUGACCUUAUACAAGGUGCAAUAUAUUUCUGGUCUAUUUAUACUACAUCUGGUUCAUCUAAUGAGUUUACAAUCAGUAAUGCUGUAACUGGCUCUCUUACUUUCGGUAAGUUUGGCUGUAUUAUACAUGAGUUUACACAGACCAGUACGGUCACAAAGGAAGACCUUACACUGUUUGAUAAAUUCAGCAAGAAGAUGUUGCUCCAGCAGCAGGUGACAUCAUUAUUAAGUCAGUCACAGAGACAGUGA